UAAAAGUCGGCUGCCAACAAAAUUCGUAUUAGUUUUCAAACGUUUUAGACAAAAAUGGCUUCAUUCUUGGCACGUGCGGGUGGUCCGCUCAUUGAAACUAUUAAGCCACAGGCUUUAACGAAGGUACUGCGGUAUUCGCCUUUAGCACUGCAGCAAGUCAGAAAUUUGAACGUGCAGGAACAUGUUUCAUAUUCACUGUUAAAUGAAAAUGGCAUCCCAACACCACGCUUCGCUGUUGCUAAGAAUGGCAAGGAGGCGAAUGAUAUUGCGCAAAAGCUGAAUACAGAUAAUCUGGUGCUAAAGGCUCAGGUUUUAGCCGGUGGACGUGGCAAAGGCACAUUCAAGAAUGGUCUCAAGGGUGGCGUACGCGUUGUCUACGAUCCAAAGACCGCUGAGGACUAUGCCUCCAAGAUGAUUGACCAGCUGCUGGUGACCAAACAAACUGGCGCUGCCGGUCGCAUUUGCAAAAAGGUGAUGGUGGCCGAGCGCAAGUUUCCACGCCGUGAAUUCUACUUUGCCGUCAUGAUGGAGCGUGCCUUUAAUGGUCCUGUGUUGAUUGCCUCCAAGGAAGGUGGCGUUGACAUUGAGGAAGUGGCAAAGGAAAGCCCAGAUGCCAUUAUUUACGAGCCAAUUGACAUUGCAUGUGGCCUCACUAAAGAGCAGGCGUGCAAAAUCAUUGAAAAAGUUGGCCUGGGCGGCAAAUCUGCCGAGGAGCAUGUGACCAUGCUGAUGAAUUUGUACAAAUUGUUUGUGCAAAAGGAUGCGCUCUUGGUGGAAAUCAAUCCCUAUGCUGAGGAUGCUAUGACUGGCUGCUUCUUUGCUCUGGAUGCCAAGCUGCGUUUUGAUGACAAUGCCGAGUUCCGUCAGAAGGAGCUGUUCGCCAUGCGUGACUGGACCCAGGAGGAUCCCAAGGAAGUAGAAGCUGCCAAAUACAAUUUGAAUUAUAUUGCGCUGGACGGCACCAUUGGCUGCAUGGUGAAUGGCGCUGGAUUGGCCAUGGCUACGAUGGAUAUUAUUAAGUUGUAUGGUGGUGAGCCCGCUAAUUUCCUUGAUGUGGGCGGCGGCGCUACAGCUGAGGCUGUCAAGGCUGCGUUUAAGAUCAUCACAUCGGACAAAAAAGUGCUGUGCAUAUUGGUCAACAUUUUUGGUGGCAUUAUGCGUUGUGAUGUCAUCGCCGAAGGCAUCAUUUCAGCCACUAAGGAUUUGAACCUAAACAUGCCCAUCGUUGUGCGUUUGCAGGGUACCAAAGUAAAGGAGGCACGUGAGCUGAUACGCUCAUCGGGCCUGAAAAUCUUGGCACGUGAUGAUCUGGACAAGGCUGCCGAUUUGUCAGUGCACUUGGCGCAAAUUGUCAAGCUGGCUCGCGAAAUGAAGAUGGAUGUCAACUUCGAGAUUCCUGAUGCACAGAAGUAGAUAACAACCAACGGCUAAGUCAACCACAUACAGCGCACGUAGUUCACAAACGUUGAAACCACAAAAAAUACAAAACAUACAUACACUCAACAUAUUAGCUACAAUUUACAUAAACUACUACAACUACUCAACUUAUCAUUGCUUCGUAGUUAGCAAUAUUCGCUCGAUCGAUCGAAUCAAAAAACAAAAAGAACAAUUUUUGCAAAAAUUUGUUAGCCCUUUGUGCAGUUGAAGUUAAAACUUCAACUUGUCUUUGUUGUGUAUUUUAAAAGAACAGCACUUGCUAGUUAAAUAAGCCUAAAACGACUUUUCGAAUAAUCUUAAGCCCUAAAAGUUUUUUGCACACUUGAAAUAUUGUAAAGAAAAAGAAAAAAUACAUACUAUAUUGUUAUUUGCACGACAAUUACAAAUUGUUAUUGAGACCAAAAGCGGUAACUGAUUUUUGCAAAACUUAUUUUUAAUUUAUUUAAAUUGCAAAACUGCUUGUAAAGUAGUAUGAGACGUGUAUUAUGCAAUUGUAAGUAGUUGCUUUAAAUUAAAAAACAAACUCGAUAAACAU